CUGCCUUAAAGAUAAAAUCCAAAAUACUUGCAUCGUGCACAAAACCCUGUGUGACCAGUGUCCAGUGUCCCCCAACGGCUCUCAGUUCUUACAACAGCCCAAGCUCUUUCUCGUGAAGGAUGUCCUCCCCUCACCUCUCUUGGUGCUAAUCCCUAAUGGCAUCAUCUCUCCCUCCUCCACGUCUUCCUCACUCUCAUGACCCAGGUUGCUUGAUGUCCACCUGUUAGUCUCAUUGUCCCUUACUUUGCUCCUUUUCUACAGCUUGGCAAAACUGUAGCUAAACUAUCCAUUGUCAAAAUAUUUCAAUGUCUGUCUUGUGUUCAUCUGAGCUCCAUGAAUCCAGGAAGGAAUCCGUGUGCUUCCUCAACAAGUCUCUAGUGCCUGCCUCCAUGGAUGGACACGGUAAAUGCUCAAUAAAUACUUGAUUGCCUGGCUGAUGGAAGGAAGGAAGGAAGGAAGAAGAUUUGCAUUUAUGGGGGCUUAAAAAAGGAAAGGGACUUGCUCCAGUUCAUCCAAUCUCUGCAAAAGGCAGACUCAGGAUUGGAACUCAGAUUUGGUCUGAAAGGUUCCCAGAGAGUCUGCUUUGUCCUCAGCCCCAACAUCUGGGGAGAGCAGAGCCAGACCACAGACCGGGGGUGUUCCCCUUCCUGUGAGGCCACUGAUGAGGAAACUGCGUGACAUGUAACACAGGGCCUAGGACUUGUCACAAUCUGUGUGCGUCUAUCCUGCCAGGCUCUGUGGUCAUUGCAGUUCCUCUGCAGUGCUGGAAACCAUGCAAGGCAGUGCCACCACCCUGACCCUCACUGCCCUUCUGUGUCUUGGGCUGUGCCGGGGUCAACGGAACCAGGUACAUACAGGGACCCUCUCCAAACCCUCCAUCUGGGCUACUCCAGCCUCUAUCAUCACCAAGGGGAGCUCUGUGACCAUCUGGUGUCAGGGGUCUCUGCAGGCUGGAAUCUGUCGUCUUUAUAGAGACGGAGACCCUCAGUACUGGGAUGAACACAGCCUAUGGAAUUCCAGGGACUUGUGCAGUUUCUCCAUCAAAUCCAUGGAUGUACACUAUGCUGGGCAGUUCUGGUGUGCAUAUAACAGGUGGAGUGGCUGGUGGAGUGGCUGGUCAGAGAGGAGUGACCCCCUGCUCCUUGUGAUGACAGGAGCCUACAGCAAACCCUCCCUCUCAGCCCAUCCAAGCCCUCUGGUGACUUCAGGAGGGAAAGCGUCCCUCAUGUGUAGCUCAAACGACACAAUGGACACCUUCCAUCUGCUCAAGGAGAGAGGAGCCAGCCCUCCUCAACACAGGAAAUCCCAGUUCUCUCCUGGGACGCACCACGCCACCUUUCCUGUGAACCCUGUGAGCACCUCCCAUGGGGGCACCUACAGAUGCUAUGGUUCAUCCCGCUCCUCCCCCCAAGUGUGGUCACACCCCAGUGACCCUCUGGAUCUCAAGGUCACAGGAACCUAUGAGAAACCCUCCCUCUCAGCCCAUCCGGGCCCCUCAGUGACCUCGGGAGAAAGCGUCACCCUGCAGUGUUGCUCAGACGACUCAUUUGAUACAUUCCAUCUGUUCAAGGAGGGCUUCACUGCCCCUCCCCAGCGCCUUCAUUGGCAGAACAACACAGGGCCCUUUCAGGCCAACUUCACCAUGAGCCCUGUGACCUCAGCUCAUGGGGGGACCUACAGGUGCUACAGCUCACACAGCACAUCUCCCUACCUGUUGUCACAACCCAGUGACCCCCUGGAGCUGGUGGUCUCAGGAGGCUCCAAAGAUCAGCGCCAAACCCCCAGGGAAUCAGACCCACUGACGGGUCUCCAAGAGUACCUGAAAGUUCUGAUUGGAGUCUUGGUGGCCUUUAUUCUUCUUGUCCUCCUCUUCCUCCUCCUCUUCCUCUUCAUCAGACACCAACGCCAUGGAAAACACAGGACAGCAGUGUCAGAGCCCAAGGACAGAGGCCUGCCGAAGGGCUCCAGCCCAGCCACCACGGACCAGGAGGAGAACUUGUAUGCUGCUGUGAUAGACAAACAGCCUGAAGAAGAAAUGGAGCUGGACAGUCAGGACAUGAAGGACAGACAAGUGGAAGAGGGCAGUCAGAGGGACAGUCAGGCUGCUACACUUGAAGACCCCCAGGAGGUGACAUACGCACAGCUGAACCACUCCACGCUCAGACGGGAGACAACCACAUCCCCUUCCUCCCAGUCAGGGAAGCCCUCCGGUGAGCCCAGCAUAUAUGCAGCUCUGGCUAUUCACUAACCCAGGACAAGACCCAGACCCCAGUUUCCAAGGAGGGGCCUACAAGGACCCCAGAAGGCAACAGAGCUACCCCCAUGGGCACUCAUCUGAAGAACCCCAGGCAGCCUGGAGACCUGACAUGGACCCCCAGGAACUUCUGGGACCUUGUGGAAGUUGUUUCCACAGACUCCACCCAAAUUACACAGCUGAUCUUACAGUCCCUGCCAAACUCAUCCAGCCAACUGCAAUGAUCCCAUGGGAUUCUGUCAUCAACCAGACCCUAAUCACCCAAGUGGCAAACCUGGGGGGGCCUACCACCUACUACCUGAAAACGGACUUGGAAAUGUAAUCUUCUACAGGCUUCAUAUUUACGUUUGGGAACAGCACUCUAACAAUGUUAAAGGACUCAGAAGUGUGUUAGUGCUGUGAAGCUGAGCUUUUAACUGAUCUCAGAGUCCUGAAACAGGGAACAGACUACAGAAGGCUGAGAAGUUGCUUAAUUUCAGUGGUCUCUCCUCCAAGUCCCUUCCUCCACUGCACGAUGCAGUUUCUCAACAAGGCAAAGGCAAGGGGAAGCUAGCCUCCUCCUGACCAUGUUUUCAGAAACCCCCAGAAGCAGUGGGAAGGGGAGGAGGGUGCAGGGUUCCUUAAAUGUCACCUGCCAUCUGUCUAACACUAUGUCAUUAGACAACAUAGUCGCCAUUUUCCACUUCACCAAAACCACAUCUGUAAGACAGAAGCCUGGGACCUUGCCUGAUCCCACACCUAAAAGCAACAAGCUGUCAAAUGGCUUCGAACCGGUUCAUUCUGGCUUGACCCGCUGCUGAGAAUUUGCCUUUCCACCCCCAGAUAUACUGAAUCAGAACCUACAUUUUAACAAGACCUCAGGUGAUUCUUACGUUUCAUAUGUUGUUCUCAAAAUCUUGUGAAAUGCUCCUUUAGGUUUUUCCUUUUAUGCCUGAUAUUGUCUCUUUAAUCAGUAAUGUAUGAGUGACUCUGUUCAAAGCCCUGCUUUCAAAUCAGUCCAGAUUUUUUUCAAGUGCUACUACCUAAAAAUCACAACCAUUCCCAGUUCAUCUUCGCCAGCAACCAAGACUGGAAGGCUCAGCUUGUUCUCUUGUUCUGCUCACUUAACCUUACCCUGACUUAUCUUGACCCAGGGGCCAGGGUAAGAUGACUGGAAGUCCCGAGGAUGCCCUGACCUGCACUUGCUACUCACUCUGCCUGAAAAUGAUCCCUUCUCCCUUCCCAUAUGCAAAUGGUGACUCACAGAGCUGUUCCUGUAACACUGUUGGUCAGCCUCCCCCACUGAUGAUGGAAGCAUCUUGCAAAGAUGCCUGUUCUACUCACUGUUGCUGUAACCCCCACACUAAGCCUAAGAGGCCAAGGACUGCCAUGUAGUAGGCACUCAAGUAUCUGAAUAACAAAAGUAAUCAGGCCCCCUCUAUACACUCAGCCACAUUCAAAAAGCCAAGGGGAAUUGUGAGAAGUAAACACCUGUGAAACAUCAGCUGCAAUCACAGCCCCCAGGGUUAAUUUUGAAGUGUUAUUUAUUAAUCUCAAUGCAUGAUUACCGGCCUUUUUUAUCUAUAAUUUACCUAAGAUUACAAAUCAGAAGUCAUCUUGCUAUCAGUAUUUGGAAGCCAACCAUGAUUAUUUAUCCCCAACCUCUCUGGCCCACCCAUAGUGCUUAAGAGUUACGUUGGCAGUUCAAAUCCACCAGGUGCUCCUUGGAAACCCUAUAUGGCAGUUCUACUCUGUCCUAAAGGGUCAUCACUGAGUCAGAAUCAACUAGUUGGCAAUAGGUUUGGGUUUUAUUCCCCCUCUGGCCCACCAGGAUCCCUCCUCUGCACUCCCACUAGACAUACCAGGUGCCAAUUCAAGGAAUUUAACUUUUUUCCAGAAACCUGUGAAUUAGGCUGAAACUACAAUUGUUAUGUCCUAUUAUCUGUCAGCCGCAAAAUGCUGUUGAGUCACCACUUCAGAACUUUCCUCCUAAAUAGGUUUCAUUGGCAUAGCUGAAUGGGCUUCCAUUCUUUUUGAAAAUGUGCUCAGACAGGCCCAAGUCCAUGCAGCUGUGGCAAAGUUACAGUUCUACAGUUUCACGUAACCUUACAGUUACUGUGUAAUUAGUGCCACAAUGUUUUACCUAAAACAUAUCUACCACAGACUAGAUGUAGUAUUUCCUGUGUAAAUUUCCUAAUACUAAUAAAUAUUUGUCAUCCCUGCGUAAAGCGUAUAAAGGAAAAGCACAUUUGAAAAUAAAGUCAGACGGAAAAUUCCUUUAAAAAAUUUAAAAAAGCAAGUGGACAAC